CCAACUUUGUGGUGCGGGGCGCGGGCGGCACCGCCGCGCUGCCCUCAGCGGGGCCGCCCUCAGCGGGGCGCGGGCCCGGCCAUGGCCGGCAUCGGCAUCGACCACUCCAAGCUGCCCGGAGUCAAGGAAGUAUGUCGAGACUUCGCUAUUCUGGAAGAUCAUACCUUGGCCCAUAAUUUACAGGAACAAGAGAUUGAGCAUCACUUGGCCACAAAUGUUCAGCGUAAUCGUCUGGUGCAACAUGACUUGCAGAUGGCCAAGCAACUGCAAGAAGAGGAGGAUAAGAAAGCCCGUGCUCAAAUCCAGAAACAUCAAAAAGACUUGGAACGACAGGACUGCGAGAUUGCUCAGGAAAUCCAAGUGAAGCUCGCGUUUGAAGCAGAGGAGCGCCGCAGGCAAGAGGAAAAAGACGAGGAUAUUGCCCGUCUCCUACAACAGAAAGAACUGCAGGAAGAAAAAAUGCGCAAGAAGCACUACCCAGAGUCCCAGGGACGCACAGGCUAUGAAGAGAGCUAUUAUGCAGAAAAUGGAGGCACUAAUUUGAGGGGGAGGAAACAAGCCAUGUACGAUGGACCCCGAAUGGAACAGGAGUUGUCUGAUGCAGAGAUGGCUCGGAAGCUGCAGGAGGAAGAGCUCCUGGCUAAUGAAGCAGAUCAGAAGGCAGCUCAAGUAGCCCAAGAUGAGGAAAUUGCUCGUCUCUUGAUGGCUGAGGAGAAAAAGGCUUUAAGAAAAGAGAAAGAAAGAGAAAAGUCUUCCUUUGAAAAGAGGAGGCAUGAUCAAGAUUGGAAGCCUGAUGCAGGUGAGUCCACGCGCUCAAGGUCAAGAGAAGGGCCUGAAACUCAGCGACACAGAAGUGACAGGCCUUCAAGGUCACAGCCUCUCCUCGAUGAUUUUGAACACUCUCGGUAUUACACGAGCCAGCCCAGCCCCUUGCGCCAGAUCCCCAAACCUGAGCACUCUCCUAAAGGUUCCCGUAGGAAGCACUAAACUGUGCUAGCCUUUGCUUUGGUACUGACUCUUCUGUAGCAAACAUUACUGGAAUUGCCAGGCAACUUUCUCAAUUCCUGACGUAAUGGGAGGCCCACCCUCCACUCCCAGGAUCAUCUCUUUAAGUGUCAUCAUAUUAAGGAAAAUUGUUUGUUUCAAUUUCUUACUCAUCUGUGAUGACUUGAGUAGUGCAGUAUAAUCUAGCUGCCACUGAGCUGUCCGAAUCAACCAGCUGGCUCAACAGCUCCCUCAUGCAUUCUGUUUGGGCUUUCUUUUUAUUUUUAAGUUUGGCUGGAGCUCUGAUGAAUAGGACAAAUUGAGAUGCAUGUACAAUGGAGGAAAAGUGAAGAAAUGAGUUGGGUUACGGCAAUGCAGCAGAACAUCAGAAGUACAAGUCCUUUUUACUUUAGGUUAGCUUAGCAAAGAGAGCUAUAAGAGGAAUUGAGUUUCUUCCUGUGUUGGAUAGGACAGCUGAGCCAACCUGACAGUCAUAUGAGCUUGCAGGAAGGAGAGAGCAUUGUCAAACAUAUACCAGCAAAAGCCAAACUCUGAGACUGGUGAGGCAGCAAUGGCCUAUGAAACAGAUUUUUUCUUUUUUUUUUAACUGCUGUAUUUCUUUCUAGGGUUUCCAACAAUCUGAGUAGAGUGUGUAUAGGCAUUUAGCUCCAGGAUAUAGGAUAGAACAGUUAAAAGGAAAGACAAUUCCAACUGAAGUUAAACCUUGUGUGCAUUACUUAGGAUUUGCCAGGGAGUUCAAGAAGCUGUGAACUGUGGUUUGAGAAGGCUCAUACAAACAGAUCUAUGUGUCUGAAGAGACCUCUGUGGUCACCUGCUUUGAGCUUCAGUAAGGUAGAAGCCAAGGAAUUUUAUUAAAGCCAAGUUGGAUCUCCUGUAACUCUUAGCUCAGUUGCUGGUGCACUUGAGUUACUUGUUUCUGAACUUGGAUAUGUCUUGUAAACAUGGGGCUGAUGGAGAGAGUGCCAUAUGGGCAUUGAGCAUCAAAUUCAAAAUCUACAAUUACAGGCAACCUGAGCCAGACACAGAGUGCUGAUCAGUCCACACGAUGUCUGUGCUGACUGCAUUUCCUCUCCACUGCUCCAUCCAGCACCCCAGGCAAGCUCCAGUCAGGAAUAAAAAAAUCAUUGCUCUCUAGGGCCCAGCAGGGUCUGCAGGUUUGUUGUCUGUAAAGAUUUUCCCAUGCAGUGAUUCCAUCCUGGCUUGUUUUCCCUCCACUCUUUGAAAAUAAUUUUUCUCUUACACAAAAAGUAGCCUUUUCCCCUGGCCUCCUCUCAUUUAAAUUCUUUGGUCUUUUUAAUAAUUUUUUCACGUUAUUUUCAGGUGUAUUUUUAAACCACAAAGCUGAACAUCUGCACACUGUCUUGGAGGGCAGGGAAGGCUGGUUAUUCAUGGGCCAGCCCAGUUCAUGGCAGAGAGCUUGGCUGCCUUGCCCCUGCAGCCCAACCUUAGUGCCAGCACCAAGUCUGUCUCACCACUCUCUGUUGUCUCUGGCAGCUGCAGUUCUGCCUCUGGCUCUGCAGAGGAGGGGAGACACCUGUGUCUAGAGCAGGAAACAUGGACUUGUCCUCACCACUGAUCUGUCUGGGAAAGGGGCCUUGGCAGCUCUCUGGAGCUUUGUGGGGAGGAAGCACCUCUAGGAAACAGGAAGAGACCAUGGCUGUCUGCUGUUCCUCUAGUGCACAGCUCAAGCCCCAAGGCAGCUGUAAGGCUUUAACCGUGGCUGUUCUUGGUCAGGAUAAUUACUGGGCCAAAUCACUGGGAAGACAGGGCAACUCUUUUUUCACAUAAGUUGCAGGGGCAGGUUUAAUAGCACAUAACAAGGCCGUGUCUUGCCUUGACCAACAAUUCAAGAGACUUCCAUCUCCUACUCAUACUGGCCCGUUGGCAGCAGUUCAGUACCUGUGAAGAACCACAUAACCCCAAUGGAUCUCUGCUCCAGGGAUACCCUAAUCAAAAACCUUGUCAUGUAGGACUUUGUGUAUGGGCAGAAUCCUCUACCUGCAUACCCUUGCUUCCAGACUGUGGCUUUCCUGCCUGCAUGGGCUCCUAAGUGACUUGCAAGGUCUUGCUUGCUGCUGCUUCUCAGGAAAUAUGCCAGUCAGCAGCUAGAUUUUACUGUCCUUGCCUUGUUCUAGCUUCUCUUUCUGUCUUUGUCCAUUCAGAAGUGUUCAUGUUGUUUAAAAGCAUUCAGGAAAAAAGCCAACAUAGAUGCUAUUUUUUUUUCUUAUUUGAUAACUUGGCCCAGUGUGGCAACCUCAUCCACCAAGGUUUUAUUUUGUAAGAAUUUAUUUUUCUAUUUCAUGUAACAGUCAAAAUUUCUACUGCUGAAAAUGUUUU